AUGCCUGCACAGCUAGCCAGCUGGCUGCAUGGAAGCAGCCUGCAGCGGGUGGCUGAUGACGGAUUUGCUGAAGAGCUGGGGGAUGGGCGGGGCAUCACCUUUGGCAGGGCUGGGUUCACCACGGGGACGGGCGACGGGCUGGUGGUGGUGCAGCGGUAUGCGGACCUUAAACCCGAGAACAACACCCUGGCUGAGUACCUGCCGGCCCUGAGGCACAUCGUCCGCCAGCUGCGCGCGCUGGAGGCCAGCUCGAGCCAUGACUUCAACGGCACCAUCGAUGACCUGGAAGGGCUGGAUGGCUUUGCCGAGGCGGUACGGGAGCUGGGCGGCGACCCCGAGUUCCAGGCGGUACAGGACAUGACGCUGCAGGCGCUGUACUUUCAACCCUCCCAGCGCGCCGCCCGCGCCCUGGGCCUCAAGUACGCCCUGUCCAAGGCGCAGCUGUACGACGCCUGGGUGCAGCACGGCGCUGCCGACGCCGAGGGCAGCCACAGGAAGUUCCGCAAGGCCGCCAACGGCAUCGUGGCGUGGGUGAACGAGGAGCUGGGGGGCACGCCGCUGACGGGCGUGAACGAGACGCUGUGGCUGGAGACCUACCUGGCCCGCCGCAAGUGGGUGCUGGACAAUGCGGAUGAGACGUGGCAGGACAGCACACCGCGCGUGGACCUCUACCGCUGGCUGCUGGAGUUGAAGGCUCGCGGCCUGGACAAGCCUAUCCGGCUCAGCUGGGCCAAGUGCCAACUGACUGAGGGGGUGCACCACCGCGGCCCAUGCACCAACCAGACCUCCGCCGCGUAUGCCGUGGGCGGCGUGGACUAUGGAGACUUCUACAUACCCUGA